AUGUAUAUACUAUUUUCUCUUUUGGCACUCCUACCUACAGUGAUCCUAUCGUCUCCAAUCUGGAACCCGACGCCCGAGUCGCAUUACGAUGUCGUCGUUGUCGGUGGAGGACCGUCGGGACUGAGUGCGCUGAGUGGGCUGGCUCGAGUGCGACGCAAGGCGUUGUUGAUCGACUCGGGUCAGUAUCGGAAUCUCCUAACAAGACACGUCCAUGAUGUGAUUGGAAGUGACGGAGUCACUCCGGCGUAUUUUCGCUGGAAUGCCCGCCAGCAGAUUUCCCAGUAUCCGACUGUGUCAAUGACGAAUGGCACAGUCACGCAGAUCGCAAAGCUGAAUUCCUCGACUUUCAGCAUUGUCGAUGCCGACGGCAAUCACUACACCAGUCGCAAAGUUGUUGUUGCAACGGGCUUGAGAGACAUUCUGCCUUCUACGCCGGGCAUCGCCGAGAACUGGGCUCGCGGAAUCUACUGGUGUCCUUGGUGUGACGGCUACGAGCACCGUGAUCAGCCACUGGGCCUCCUGGGAGCGAUAGACAAGAUAUUCGGCCUCGUGCUCGAGGUUGACACCCUGGAUACCGACCUCAUCGCUUUCACCAACGGUACGAUGACUGCUGAAGGAUUGCAGGUCCUCAAUACUGCACAGCCCGAUUGGGAGAAUAUCGUCAAGAUCUACAACGUUAAGAUCGACAACCGGACCAUAUCCACAAUUGAGAGGAUCCAAGACGGCGGCAUAGUGAACAAUAUCGCCACCAAGACUGAAUAUGACAAGUUCCUAGUCCAUUUCGACGACGGAACCACCGCGGAAAGGGGAGCAUUCUUCACGGGCUGGCCGUCCGUACAGGCAUCAAAUGUCGGGACGGAUCUGGGCAUUGGGAUGAAAGGUAACAAGUUAUAUAACAAUAUUACGACCAUGGCGACCAAUAUACAGGGGGCCUAUGCUGUUGGCGAUGCCAAUAUGGACGGUAGCACGAAUGUCCCACAUGCGAUGUGGAGCGGCAAGCGUGCUGCAGUUGAUAUACACCUGGCAAUGGCAGAGGAAGAUUUUGAAUCUGCAGUGAUUGCAGCUGGGUUGAGCAAACGAGAUGAUGAUCCAGAAAGCGAUAGAGAACUGUUGCUCAGAUAUAUCGGCGAGGAGUUCGAGAACCUGUGGAAGUUAGAGGCCACUAGCGAAUAUCUGAACUUCACGUAG